GUUUCUAAGACUGCCUCUUUUAAUCUCGGGAGACAGACUACGAGCUCAGCAUCGGAGGUCGCUGCGCCAAUUGCCGAUUGGAUCUCGUCGUUCCCCGUCCUUUUGCCCUUAGAAUCUCUCGAAUGGAUUGUUGCCCAUCCAUCAAGAAUGUUCUUCUCCUUGAUUCUGAGGGAAAACGAGUGGCUGUUAAGUACUAUACAGAUGAUUGGCCUACACUUGCCGCUAAAUUGGCAUAUGAGAAGUCUAUAUUUACCAAGACACUGAAAACAAAUGCUAGGACUGAAGCUGAGAUAGCAAUGCUUGACGGUUACAUUGUCGUCUACAAAUUCAUUCAGGACCUUCACUUUUUUGUUACUGGAGGAGACGAUGAGAAUGAGCUCAUCAUAGCGACUGUGCUUCAGGGAUUCUUUGAUGCAGUCGGGCUGCUUCUUAGGAACAAUGUAGAUAAAAGAUCAGCACUUGAAAACCUGGAUUUGAUCCUUCUUUGCCUUGAUGAAAUUGUUGAUGGAGGGAUUGUCCUCGAGACAGAAGCAAGUGUUAUUGCCACAAAAGUAGCAGCAAACAGUCUUGAUGGAGCCACAUCCUUGUCCGAGCAGACGAUUUCUCAAGCCCUGGCAACUGCUCGUGAACACUUGGCAAGAUCUCUUCUUAAGUAAUGCCUUUGUCUAUUUACUCUGGUAGAAACGAAAAGCUUGACAAUGAGCAAGUUUAAUCUUUCACUUGAUCCAUUAUCCUUUUCUCUUUUCUCUACCUGAUAAAAGAGCUAAACUAUUUGGAUUCAAUUUUGUGACUGCUAAAUAUGUAGUACAUUUUCUAUAAUGAAUGAUUACAGUAUGAUGGUUGAAAUUAUUAA